AUGGGGCAGUUAUUGCAACUGUUCUCACAGUUAAACACCAAUAAACCACCUCCACCACCAUCCGAAACAUCCACAAGCACCACCACAAUUUCAAUUCCCACAUUCUCAAUAUCAGGAAAAUUAACUCACCAUAAUUACACCAUGUGGUCCAGGUUGAUGCAAUUAGCCUUAAGUGGUCGGGAUCGUCUCAAUCACAUCAUCGACGAUCCUCCACCACAAACAGACCAAGAGUACAGCCAAUGGACCAGACGAGACUCAGUGGUUAUCUCAUGGAUAAUCGAAAGCAUUCAUCCGGAUCUAGUCAACCAAUUUAUCGAUUUCCCAACCGCAAAGACUCUUUGGAAAGGGAUAGAGAUAGUAUACAGCAGUGGCAAUGACGGAAAUCGAUAG